UCCUGGAUCCAUGGAGAAAGAGAGGGAAAGCACGCGCACGCGACCGGCGACCGUUGACUUGUGUUUUGAAUUUUGAAUGUUGAGAAAAAGGACGUAACAGUUAUCUUCAAAGAGUGCACGAGUUUGAACGACGAGAGUGUUCUGAAAUCGUCAUUGGCGCUAUUACAUGAUCGUCGUCUUGUGUCGUUCACGAUUCAUACCUGCAUUAGAAACCCUCCUCCCCUUCCUCUCUUGGACCACAAAAAGAACCAUGAAAACUGAGACCUCAAGUGAAAACGGAACUAAUGGGAUUAGUGACGCACCUCACGAUGAAUAUCAGUAUUUAAAUCUUGUGAAAAACAUAAUUCGAAAUGGUAAUGUUAAAGAGGAUCGCACAGGAGUUGGUACAUGUUCAAUAUUUGGAGCCCAGAUGCGAUUCUCUCUUCGUAAUGGCAUUUUCCCCCUCUUAACUACAAAGAAGGUUUUUAUGCGGGGUAUUACAGAAGAACUCCUGUGGUUCAUUCGAGGUUCAACAAAUGCCAGAGAACUUCAAGAAAAGAAAGUUAACAUUUGGGAUGGAAAUAGUUCAAGACAGUUUUUAGACUCUAUGGGAUUUACCGACAGAGAAGAAGGUGAUUUGGGUCCUGUAUAUGGAUUUCAGUGGCGCCAUUUUGGUGCUGAAUAUGUAGAUAUGUUUACUGACUACAGCAACAAAGGUAUUGACCAGCUGAGUGAUGUGAUCAGUAAAAUAAAAAAUAGACCUGAUGACAGAAGAAUUCUCAUGUGUGCAUGGAAUCCUGUUGACGUCCCAAAAAUGGCUUUACCGCCUUGCCAUUGCCUUGUGCAAUUUUAUGUGGCAAAUGGUGAACUGUCUUGUCAACUCUAUCAAAGGUCAGCAGAUAUGGGACUGGGUGUCCCAUUUAACAUUGCCAGCUAUGCUCUCCUUACUUAUAUGAUAGCUCAUGUAACAAAUUUGAAGCCUGGAGAAUUUAUUCACACAUUAGGAGAUGCCCAUGUCUAUAAAAAUCAUGUGGUUGCAUUAGAAGAACAAUUGAAACGUGAACCAAAACCUUUCCCCAAGCUCAGAAUCAAGAGAAAUGUGGAGAACAUCGAAGACUUCAAGUAUGAAGACUUUGAAGUUGUAGAUUACAAUCCUCACCCUAAGAUAGAAAUGAUCAUGGCUGUUUGAAAUUUUAUUUUAAAAAAUUUCUCUUGUAUCAAAUUGCUGUCUCACACAUAUAUCAGCACCGAUCAAUAUGUUAAUUACAUUGAAAAAUAACAACAGUAAACAUUUAAACAGAGUUACAUUAAUAUUUCAAAUCAAACAAUUAAAGCAAAUGUAACAAGGAAGCUCUAUCUUGAAUGUGUUAUGGGGUGCCCAGCUAAUCUAGCAACAAGUGUAGCCAGUUUUCUUUUUCUUAGAUUCAGCCAGAUGUGUCUAGCCACUUUAUUAGUUGAAACGAGGAAUACAACAGGCAUGAGCAGUGCUGCUUAUUACUUUUCUUAUUACUGUUUCUUUUAUUGUGCUCCUUUAUGUAUUGGAGCGUCAAGUGCAACAGCUAAUGUCACUCCAGCACAUCUUGCAAGAACAAAUAAAUAUUAUUAUUUUUACAAA